GUUUACUUAAACUUGGCAAAGACUUGGAGCGUGCUGUGAUUGGUUCCUGAAAAACUCCCUCGAAUCCUAAUUGGUAAUUCAGCCACUUCUACCCUGUCAAUCGAGUAGAAGCCCCGCCCUCUGCACAUCUGCAGCUCCCGCAGCGAGCUGCUCCUGACGAGUCGCCGCCGGGCAGUGAAGAGGUGAAUCGGAGCACUUUGACUGAGAAACCUCAUCGAGCUUCAUUGUUUUGGAACUUGUUUCAUCAACAAACUCCGGUGUGACUGUUCUGAAGGAAGCAAAACUACCGGAGUUUUCAAAGUUUUAAAGUCCCUGCGCACACCGACUGAAAGGUGAGAGAGGACCGACAGCCAUUUUUCAAAACUGUCGAAUAAAUGGCGAUAUAAGAGUUUAUUAUUUUUUUAAACAAACACUUUAUUUUUUUUUUUCUCCUGUUCGACGCUGAGCUGAUUUUAGCAGCAUGUCUCCCUCCGCCGUGUAACCUGUUCGUCCAGCUCGGCUGGGAGUUCCGACUGCUGCUUGACUGACUUCCAGCUUUUUUUUUCUUUAAUAAUUUUAUUUCCAAAGCAUAAAAGUGCUUUUAUCAUUAUGGCUGGAGUCAGCAGCGUCCACAUGAAAACACUGGAGGACCUCACGUUGGACUCCGGCUACGGGGCAGGAGACUCCUGCAAGUCCCUGAGUCUGUCCUCCUCCAAGUCGAACUCCCAGGCUCUGAUGACGGCUCCUCACCGGGGCAACUGGUGGUACUACUCCGGCUCCAUGAACAGCAGGAACAACAGCUGGGACACGGUCAACACGGUGCUCCCCGAAGACCCCGAGGACACCUUCUCCAAGUGCCCCCGCUUACCUGAGCUGGAAGAGUUCCCCUGGACAGAAGAGGAGGUGUCCAGGAUCCUGCGCAGAGUGGCGGAGAGUGGGAGCCCGAAAGGAGGAGCUGCACCUGUCUUCUCCCCGGAGGCGGUGAGGCGGCUGUCCGUUCUCCUCCGCAGGGCUCUGAUCCGCAUCUCCAGGGAGGCUCAGCGGCUGAGCGUCAUGCACUGCCGCUGCACACGCUUCGAGGUGCAGAGCGCCAUGCGGCUGGUGCUCAGCUGGGCUCUGGCCGACCACUGCGUCUCCGCUACGGUCAAGGCCAUCUCCAUGUACUGCAUGAGCGCCGGAGAGCUGCUGAGGAAGGGCAAGUCCGCCCGCUGCGGCCUCAGCUUCUCUGUGGGACGCUUCUUCCGCUGGAUGGUGGACACGCGCAUCUCGGUGCGCAUCCACGAGUACGCGGCUAUAUGCGUGACUGCGUGCACGGAGGCUCUGGUGGAGGAGAUCGGAGCCCGCGUGCUCAUGGCUGAGAGGGGCCACACAGGGUCGGAGUCGGUGUCAUCCAGCGCCCCCGUGAGUGCAGAGGCCCUGGAGGGAGUGGUGAACAAUGAUGCUGAGCUGUGGGGGGUCCUGCAGCACUAUGAACACCUGAUCUGUGGGAAGAACGCCAAUGGUGUCCUGUCUCUUCCGGCCCAUUUCAGUCCCUAUACAGAGAACCAGCAGACGUCUGUGGAGACCAGAGAGGAUGCCUACGCCCAGCUGGAGCUGAGGACUCUGGAACAGUCCCUGCUGGCUACUUGUGUUGGCAGCAUCUCUGAGCUCAGUGACCUGGUGUCCCGUGCAAUGCACCAUAUGCAGCGUCUGAGCUCCGUGCGCCCGGGGCACAGUCCAGCCCGCCACGCCCGUCCUCAACAGCCGGUGUCCUGGUCACCAGACGCCCUCCACACCCUUUACUACUUCCUCCGGUGCCCACAAAUGGAGUCCAUGGAGAAUCCUAAUUUAGACCCCCCGCGCAUGGCGCUGAGCAAGGAGAGGCCGUUCCUGUUAAUGCCGCCGUUGAUGGAGUGGAUGAGAGUGGCCAUAGUUCAUGCUGAGCAUCGUAAGAGUCUGCUGGUGGACAGUGAUGACGUCAGACAGACCGCCAGGCUCCUCCUUCCAGGACUGGACUGUGAACCACGACAGCUAAAGCCUGAGUGCUGCUUUAGCUCAUUCAAGCGUCUGGACUCUAAGGCUGCCACAGACAAGUUCCAUCUAGAUUUGGGUUUCCGUAUGCUUAACUGUGGACGCACAGACCUCAUUAGCCAUGCCAUCGACCUGUUGGGGACAGACGGGGUCAACAGCAUGGACGACCAGGGGAUGACCCCUCUGAUGUACGCCUGUGCAGCUGGGGAUGAGGCUCUAGUCCAGAUGUUGAUCGAUGCCGGGGCCAACUUGGAUGUGGCGGUUCCACCAUGCUCCCCAAAGCACCCCUCUGUGCACCCCGACAGUCGACACUGGGCAGCCCUCACCUUCGCCAUUCUGCACGGACACAUCUCCGUAGUGCAGCUCCUGUUGGAUGCAGGAGCCAAUGUGGAAGGAGCAGCAGUCCGCAAUGGGCAAGAGAGCUCAGCAGACACCCCGUUACAGCUGGCCUCAGCAGCAGGCAACUAUGAGAUGGUGACGUUGUUGUUGGCACGAGGCGCUGACCCCUUACUGAAGGCCCACGACGGGAACGCUCUUACAUCAUCCCUCUAUGAAGACAUGAACUGCUUCAGUCAUGCUGCGGCUCACGGUCAUAGGAAUGUGUUGAGAAAGCUCCUAACUCAGCCACAGCAAGUCAAAGAGGACGUCCUGUCUCUGGAGGAGAUCUUAGCUGAGGGGGUUGAGGGGGAGGAGUCAGAAGCCGGCCCUUUCCUCCCCCUCUCCCCUAUUUCAGCCCCAUCCUCCGGCGCUGGGGCCUUGCCAGACGGGGGGAUACCGAAACUCUGUAAGGCCAAGAAGAAGGCUCUCCAAGAAGCCAGCUACUACAGCGCUGAACACGGUUACCUGGACGUCACCAUGGAGCUGCGAGCGAUGGGUGUACCGUGGAAAUUGCAUGUGUGGCUGGAAUCUCUGCGAUGUGCACAGCAGCAGUCCAGGACAGGGGUCACCCUGUCCCUCCUCAGAGACUUUUCCACCAUCAGAGAGGAGGACUACUGCGAGGAGCUGGUCACCACAGGCCUGCCACUCAUGUUCAACACCCUACGUUCCACCAAGAAUGAUUCCAUCAUCCAGCAGUUGGCAACUAUUUUUAGUCACUGUUUUGGCCCGGCCCCGCUUCCAGCCGUGCCUGAGAUGAAGGCGACUCUUUCAGCACAGCUGGAUCCUCACUUCCUUAAUAACCAGGAAAUGUCAGAUGUGACCUUUCUGGUGGAAGGGAAGCCGUUCUAUGGGCACAGAGUCCUGCUGAUCACUGCUUCAGACAGGUUCAAGUCUCUGCUCACGACGUCUGGUCCAGAUGGAAGUUCAAAGAAGGAAAUUGAGAUAAAUGACGUCAAGUACAAUAUUUUCCAGAUGAUGAUGUCAUACCUGUACUGUGGAGGAACAGAGGCGCUGCACACCAACGUGCCGCACUUACUGCAGUUGUUAUCAGCUGCUAGCAUGUUCCACUUGGGGGCGCUACAAAGACACUGUGAACUCAUCUGCUCUGAGAACAUCAGUCUGGAUAACGCAGUCUGCAUCUACAAAACAGCUAAGGCUCACGGUUCUGUGGAGCUGUGCUCAUUCUGUGAAAGUUACUUCUUGCAGCAGAUGCCGGCUUUGCUGGAGAGGGAGGCCUUCAGGAUCUUGCUGUUAGGACCCACUGGGACUCGAGCAGCGAACAGCUCGACCUCCAUGCUGGUUCACAGCCGGGGAGACUCGCCUCUGGAAGAGCUGGAGGCCACCUUGGCUCAACGGCUUCGCUCGCUCUACGUCACCUCCAGAGUCUGAGGACAGUCAACGGGAUCAAAUGUGGGACCACCGUGGAGGUUUCACUUCUUCACUGAUACAGGAUCAGCUAAUCGAACGCUACAAACGUUUUCUGAGUGAGAUCUGAUCCGACCUCAGCGCUAAGGACCAACUUCCACUCUACUCUGACACUGUAACGCACAGACGAGCGCAUUAUUUGGCAGCAGUUGAACUUUAACUAAGUCCUGAUGAAGCAAACGUUCCAUUUGAACACUCACUGCAGUGCACUUGGAGUAAAAAACUGGAACCAUUUUCUCUAAAGCUCAGGAAGCUUGAGUGGAGAAUGAGCAUAACUGUAAAGUGCUGCUGCCCUCUAAUGGAAGCUGGCUGCUACUGCGUCUGUUUAGACUAAGAAUAAAGAAUCAAAUCAAUGGACUUUUGGAAGAACGGAGGUCGUGCCUUCAGAAUUCUUGUACAUUUUAUCUAACAUUUUUAUGUUAUAUUUUUAAAGAAUAAGCCAGGAAUGGAAAGAUGAACUGUUUCUAUUUAAUGAGAAAAAUAUGUAUUUAAAAAAUGUCUUCUUUUACGUUUUUGAAGCCAAGCAAAGUAAUAUUAUUAUUGUUUUAAAAAGUUGCUUCUGUGUAGCGAUUCUUCCACAUUCAGAUAAUUAAGCUUAAAUAUACUGAAACUAAACGCUUCAGCACAGGUACAGCAGUAAACUCUGUCACAGGACAUAAAGUCUGUUUAAAUAUAAUAAUAAAUGACUGAAGUCUGGGAAACAAAA